AUGCUUCCCAUAUUACCACGACGCCAAUACUCAUCGGAGUGCCUCGAACAAGAUGUUCAGCAUUGGAUUGCGUGCGACAAUACAGCCUACCCAAGAUCAAAACCCCGAACUGCUACAACCCCGGUCAAUUCGACUGUACAAGAGACUCAAGAUAAAGACGAGGUUUUGAAAUCAUUCGCCCUCUUCCGAAAGUUACCAAUCGAACUCCAAAGACUGAUUUUCAAGGCUGCUAUACUCCCUCGAUACGUUGUGCCCUUCGAAAACCGUCCCUUUGGUUGUACGCAUAUGGAGGAGGAAAUCCUGGUGACACCUUGUAUUCCACCUCUACUUCACGCCUGUCGAGUAUCGAGAGACAUAACACUCCGAUCUUAUGAUGUUGUAUUGCCCAAAUCCAUAUCCCCAGCAAGCGGCCCUGUUUACUUCAAUCCCGCACUUGAUACCCUCAUAGGUUAUUGUAUGUGGAACAGCUCGUCAGAUGGAUCAACUAUCAACACGGGUAUAUCCUCUGCGUUAGAUGUAAGACGUCUUCCGGAGCUGAUUAUUAAAAACGUGCGACGCCUCGCCAUUGGUAUAUUAUCAUUCAACAUCAUCGGCGAAGACGAGUGGCUCCCCAGAGCCUUGCAGCACCAAGAGAGCGAGAAAAUUUACUCGCAUCUCAAGAGGUUCGAGAAGCUGGAGGUGCUAUACUUGAUCGUCAACGAUUGUAAGCUGGGCGGUGAUUCCAAUCACAGUCGUUUUGUCCGCCGAGGCACACUGCCGGUGCUUGUCGAGACAGCUCCGCAUUUCGACCACAAACUCUGGACGGAGUUGAUUGCUAAGGGCAAGGAGUCUCAUCCAGACUGGAAAGUACCAGAAAUCAGAGACGCGCGGCUAGAAUGGGUCUGA